GGCGCUGGCGAGAGCAGUUGUGCAGCCACCGGUCCCUUUCCGCAGGCUGGGGGCUGCUGCUGCUGCCGCCGCCGGGGGACGGGUAACGGGCGAGUGGGUUGGUGGGUGAGAGCCCGGCACACCGGCUUCACGGCACUCAGUUCCCACUACGAGCGCCAACUCCUCUACGCCGGCUGCCAGUGAGGGGGAAGAGGGGGGGCGGGCUAUGUCCUCGGCCAGACCGGUCCCACAGCCCUCCCCGCCGCGGUGCCCUCCCCCGGUUGAAGGCGAGAGGCGGAGCCGUGGCAGCCCGGCCGCCGCCCGCCGCCUUUAUCAGGCGUGCCGGCACGGGGGGUGGCACUGGGGAAACACCUUGUUUUAAGAUAGGCGCUAUAAAUACCGCGCCGGGGAUGGGAGCGCAGCUACGGACGGUGGUGGUAGCGGGAUAACAGUGCGGCUGUGAGCGGCUCCGGAGCACGGACUCUGCUCUUGAGCAGCCACCGAGCCCAGCCCGCGGCGGAGGGCGGCCGGUGUCGCUAGCCCCGAGGAGGAGGAGGAGGAGGUGGUGGUGGUGGUCGCCGCCGCCGCUGGAGGAGCCCCGCGGUCUGUGCCCGUCCCGUUGAUCUCGCCCUCCCGCUCGCCGUCAUGAUGCAGAUCUGCGACUCGUACAGCCAGAAGUACUCCCUCUUCAACGCCAUGAACCGCUUCAUCGGCGCUGUCAACAACAUGGACCAGACGGUGUUGGUGCCCAGCCUGCUGCGGGACGUGCCGCUGCUGCUGGAGGAGCUGGACGCUGCCGGUGCCGUCUGCCCGCAGCGGGAGGCCGCCUUGUCGCCCGGCGACCCCGGCGCCUACCUCUCCCGCAGGGACAUGUACAGCCACUACGUGCUGCUCAAGUCCAUCCGCAACGACAUCGAGUGGGGGGUACUGCAGCCGCCGGCGGGCGAGGAGGCGACCCGCAAGAAGGACAAGCUGGGCGGUGGGCCCGCCGAGGAGGGCGAGGGGGAGGAGGACCUGGAGCAGCAGUUCCACUAUCACCUCAGCGGACUCCACUCGGUGCUCUCCAAGCUCACCCGCAAGGCCAAUGUCCUCACUAACAGAUACAAGCAGGAGAUCGGCUUCAGCAGCAGCUGGGGGCAGUGAGGGCCGGGGGGAGCGGGGGAAGGGCCCCGGCCCGACGGGAGCAGCGAGUCCCCCCCGCCCGGCACUGCGGCGGCGGAGGGCAGCGCCCUGGGUUGAGGCUUCCCCGCGAGCUUUCAGGACUGCAGCCGGUUUUCUACCAACGCACAAGCGAGAGAGAGAUGUAAAUUAAUCAAUACUAGUUUAUUAAUUAUACCCCCCCCUCCCGUUGUUUUUGGUUUUUUAUUGUACGGUGUGGGGUGAGCGGCUGCUGUGCCUCCCUGGGCUGGGAGACUUGGAACCCAUACCUGAGUGAGGUGGAGGAGGCAUAGCUGGCAGAUAGGAGGCUCAACACAAGCCGAUGAACAUAGCAAAACUGGCCUAAAAUUGUUCCUGUGACCCGGGAG